AUGAAUAUUACCUUAAUACUUUUUUUAAUAGGAAUUUUAGGUUUCGUAUUAAAUAGAAAAAAUAUUAUAUUAAUGCUUAUUUCAAUUGAAAUAAUGCUAUUAGCUAUAACAUUCCUAAUAUUGGUAAGUUCACUUAAUAUGGAUGAUAUAAUCGGCCAAACUUAUGCUAUUUAUAUAAUAGUUGUAGCAGGUGCAGAAUCUGCUAUAGGUUUAGCUAUUCUAGUUGCUUUCUAUAGAUUAAUUAACUCUCCAGUUAAAAAUCCAAGAUCAAAUUAUUCGGGGGACCCCGCCCCCCCUUCGGGGGGGCGGGGGCCCUAUUUACAUUUUAAUUUAUUACCUGUAGUUUCAUCAUGUAAUUUAAUCCAAUCAAGGAAUUAUUCUAGUGUGCUACACAGGAAAAUCCCCACACACACUUCGUGUGUGUGGGCCGGUUUAAAUCCUUCAUUUAUAACUGGGUUCUCGGAUGCUGAAGGUUCUUUUGUUGUAACUAUUUUAAAGAACCCUAGAUAUAAAAUAGGAUGAAAUGUACAAGCUAGAUUUCAAAUAAAAUUAAACGAGAAAGAUAGAGCUUUAUUAUUAUUAAUUCAAAAUUAUUUCGAUAAUAUUGGAUAUAUAUCCAAAAUAAAUGAUAGAUCUACGGUUGAAUUUAGAGUUAGUGAUAUAACUAGUUUAAAUAAUAUAAUUAUACCUCAUUUUGAAAAGUAUCAAUUAAUAACUAAUAAAUAUGGAGAUUUGGUGAUAUUUAAACAAAUUGUAUCAUUAAUGUUAGAAAACAAACAUACUACUUUAGAAGGAUUAAAAGAAAUCUUGGAACAUAGAGCAUCUCUUAAUUGAGGUUUAUCUAAAACUUUAAAGGAAUCUUUUCCUUCUAUAAUACCAGUUAAAAGGGUAAAAAUUGAGAAUAAUAUAUUAAGUAAUUUAUCUUCGCUACCCCUCCUUCCAGGAGGGGGGAACUGAGUAGCUGGCUUCUCAUCAGGAGAAGCCAAUUUUUUUAUAACUAUGUCUGGUACUAAAGUAUGGUUACGUUUUUCUAUAGCUCAAGAUUCAAGAGAUAUAUUGUUAUUAAAAAGUUUAGUCAAAUUUUUUAAUUGUGGUUAUAUAGCUCAAUAUAAAAAUCGUAAAGUAUGUGAAUUUAUAGUUACAAAAAUUAAUGAUAUAAUUAUAUAUAUUAUUCCUUUUUUUGAUCAAUACAAAAUUGAAGGUUCUAAAUAUAAUGAUUAUGUUAAAUUUAAAGAAGCCGCUAUUCUUAUUAAAAAUAAAGAACAUUUAACUGAAAAAGGAUUAAAUAAAAUAAUAGAAUUAAAAAAUUCGCUACCCCCUCCAGCUUCGCUGGAGGGGGGGAUGAAUAAAAAUAUUUAA